UUUUGCCUCUAACUUUAUAUAGUUAAAACCUAAUCGAGGGAUAAAAUUACAAAGCAUUUUAUAAUAACUCGAAAGGAAUUCCUUCAUUACAAGCAUUCUGUAUGAAUUUAGAAAUAAGGAAAAGAAAAUGAACUUAAACGACAUAUGUAGUACUCAACAUGUGUGUACCGUACCUUCUUUACACAUAUUUAGACAGAGAUAAAUAGCCUGGCUUGGCUUUUUAUCUACCACAUGUCUUGGUUUUGAAGUUUCGAGAGUCUUUCUUCUGCAUACAUACACAAGGCAAGGCGCCCCAUGCCUAUUCGCUCGCUGCUUUUGAAAAAUUACGCCCCACAUAUAAUAAAACCAUACCCACUUUCCCAACCCAACAGAAAAAGAAGAAAAAAAAAAUAGCACACUCACCUACCUGAACCCAACCCAAACCAAAUCCAGAAACCAGAAACCAGAACAACCCACCAAACCCAAUCCAGGCACCGUUACGGCGAAACCCCUAUGGAGUUUCCAGAGGACAUCAUUAGGGAGAUUCUGAGAAGACUGCCAGUCAAAACCUUGGUCAGAUUCAAGUGCGUUUCCAAAUCAUGGCGUAUUCUUAUUAUCAGUCCAAACUUUGUCAAAACCCAUCUGGCCAGGAUUCGAUCCGAGUACCAUCUGGGUAUGGCUACUAGUAUUAUACUCUCUCGCUAUGGAGAUUCUCUCUUGUCCAUGGACCCUCAGAACGAGGGUCCUCAACAAGCUAUGGAGCUCGAGUUUCCCAUGCUUCCCUACUUCCCUUAUUACGUCAAGGGUCACUGCGAUGGACUCAUCUGCUGUGUCGUCAACGAUGGAUCUCAGGGUUUUCUUCUGUUGUACAACGCUUCGAUCAGGGAGUACAGGAAAAUGCCUAUCCCUGCCAAUUUCAGGAGCACUAGGGAGGUUUUUGGUCUAGGGUUUGAUGCUUCUACUGAAGAUUACAAGAUCGUGAGGAUCCCUUCCAUGUAUUGCCGAUUAAAGGUUCCAAAUUUCGUCCCUAAGGUGGAGGUUUUCAGUGUGAAAUCCAAUUCAUGGAGGAAACUCCCCGAUGAGGACACCCCUCCUUAUUUCGUCGAGCAUGUGUUCCAAGCCACUAAUGCCAAUGGCGGCCUCUAUUGGCUCGCUGAAGAAGGCGAUUCGCUCCGUUGCGUGAUUCUCCGAUUCGAUUUGUCGACUGAGAAGUUCAGCGUGGUGCCGCCACCGGCGGAUGAAUUGAACCGAAAUAUUUCGUGGAUUGGGACUUUGAAAGACCAGCUUUGCGUGCUUCACAGUCAGAGGCUGAGCUAUGUGGAUGUAUGGGCAACCAAGGAUGACAAAACCUGGACGAAGCUCAUCACAGUUCCGAGGUCGCAGGGCUCAAGUCCGUCGGUCUAUGGCUCACGGUACACGCCACUGUGCUUCACCAAGAGUGGCUCUUUGCUGAUCAGUGUUGGAGGAGGAGAAGGGUUUCUUAGCUAUGACCCUGUUGAGAACAAUUUCAGGCAGCUUGAAAUUCGAGGCGCCGAGCAUUAUUUGCAGGAGACAGCCUAUUUUGAGAGCUUGGUUUCGCCUUACUUCGGCCAUGGGAAUACCGCAUCGACUUCGUCCUCCAGUGGGGAAGAAGAAGAAGAAGAAGAAGAAGGCUGGCUGGCUGACACUACCUCGAAUAGCAGCAUCAGGCAGCUGAUUCUUGGUUUGAGGCGUGGAUUCUCUUCCAGUAGUAGUCGCAGCCGCAGUAAACAACGAUAAGAAGUUUUCCCCUACUCUUGCCAUCUGCUUGCGAUGGGAAUGUCUACCAUAGAAAUAUCCAAAUCUUGACUGACCUUUUAUAUGGUAAGGCACUCAUCUUGUUGUUGACGAACAGAUUGAGAACUGAGCACAAAACUUGUAUAUGUUUUCGCUUCCUUACUUGAGUAUAAACUUUGGUAUGCUACCAUAUGACGAAUAUGUGUAUAUUUCUGUUAUAUUUUAGAUUUUGAUUUUAAGACAGGCUAUACUUUUUAUUGUUGUUGACCUUAGAAUGUUGCACGACUUGGAUUUGUAGUA